AUGGCCGAAACGAGUACAAUGAACCCCGAUAACAAAGUAGAGCAGAGCGAGAAGCAGAAGAACAUGCAACAGAUCAAGACAGAGGUGGAACUGAUGGUGAAACACGAGCCGCUGGAGUGCGUGGUAUGCAUGUCCCGCAGCCUCGAGUGCCUCGACAUAUAUGCGACACACACCAGCGCAUCCGGCACGACGCUGCACAAUUUCCUCACAAAGUUUACUCACUUUAACUUCACUUCGGCCCAAAACUGCACCAAAUUCAUUUGUAAAACGUGCUAUGAGCUUAUAAAUGUACUGGAACAGGCUGAAAUAGAAUACAUCAAGUUGAAGGAAACUUUUGAAGCUAUUCUUAGUAAGAAUCCAAUUUUCGCGUUGCCCGUAGCGCAGCCUAUAAGACUGAAUGCAGUGAAAGCAGAAGUAGAACCAGACGAUGAUGAUGAUGAUGAAGAUUAUGUUUGCGAUUCUAUAAACCAGGAUGAUUCCGAUGAUGAACCACUUGCUAGUCAAAGUAAAAGGAAACGACAGAAAGUUGAAAAGAAAAAGAAGAGAUUGUCAACUGUAAACAAACGUAGAACACGGACUAAAAUAAGUGGCAGCUGGAAAUGUGAUGAAUGUGGUACAACAGGUAGUGAAGGUGGUGCCGUGGCUCUGGCAGCUCACAAACUUAGCUCACACCUCCUAGACGAUUCUAACACAUUGCUACAAGAUGUUAAAACAGAGGAUUCAGGAGAGGGUUCACAAAGUCCUUUAUUCAAUAAUGGAUUUGAAAAUGGUCUGAAAAUAGAAAUGAAAGAGCAACUUAAUGAUGAUGACAGCUUGCCGGAAACUGCAGGUUUCCUAGAUCUCAAAAAUAAUAGAAAUAAAAUGUUAGCAAACAGAAGUAAGACGAAAACUAUACAGGUCCGCAAGAAAAAGGUCAAAGUUAUGCACCAGUGUGACCAGUGUGAUGCUCAAUACUCUUCUAAAGCUCGCCUUGAGCAGCACAAGAUGAAGCACGACGGGUCGAAGCCGCCCUACAUCUGCGAGGUGUGCGGCGCGCAUUACAAACACAAGCGCGCCUGCGACAUACACAUCGCUUUACAUAAAGGUAUAAGUGAUUGGAAAUGUGAAGAGUGCAAUAAACUAUUCCCCUCAAAAAAUGCGUUGCAAAGGCAUAACAAUAUACACACUGGGAAAUUAAAUUAUCAGUGCGACCUGUGCGGCAAGUCGUUCAUCCACACGUCGUCGUUCAAGAUGCACAAGCUGUCGCACUCGGGCGUGAAGCCGCACGCGUGCGACGUGUGCGGGCUCGCGCUCAUGACGCGCUCCCACCUCAAGCGACACAAGCGCGUGCACUCCGGCGAGAAGCGACACGAGUGUCCCGUCUGCGGGAAGCGCUUCUCCGAGAGGUACAACCUGGCGGCGCACAGCAAGUCCCACGAGAGCCCGGGCGAGGCGGCGGGGGUGGCGGCCCCCGCCCCGCGCGAGCUGGUGCAGCGGCGGCUGUUCCGCUGCACCUUCUGCGUCGAGCGCUUCGAGCGUCGCUACAUGCUGGAGCGGCACAUGUCGGUGGUGCACGGCCGCACGCUGGAGCGCCCCCCUCCCACUCCGCGCAACACCAUGAGCAAGCUGCUCAAGGCGCAGGCCCAGCGCAGGGACCAGCCGCCAUCCUCAGAAGUAGACACGAAGGACGACCUCAGCUCAGACUCGCGCACCCCCACCACUCCCAUCACACCGCAGAAGCUCAUCGCGCAACUUGCUUCGUCGACGUCGGUGAUAGCGCAAGGAGCGUGGAGCGGCUCCUACGCGGAGUUCGGGGCCGCGCUGCGACACGACUUCCCGCACUGA